UGAUUUUGAUCAUUUGAAAUCAAAUUCCCGCGGCAUAUUACAAAUUUCGUCCCACCCGAGUUCAUAUUCUCAUUAGUUCAUCUUCAGUUUUGUUCCUUGUCAUCGUUUAAGCUCUUGGUGAUCUUUCUUAGUCUGAGUUCCUCCUUCUGACAUUUUCCUUUUACCUUUCAAUCGGAACAGCAAUAUCAGCAGGGAAAGGCUUAAAAAAUUAUGGAUAUUGCUCAUCUAGAAAAGAUGGGUAGAGAGCUGGAGUGCCCCAUUUGCUUGAGCCUGCUGGAUUCAGCAAUUUCACUCACUUGCAAUCAUGUGUUCUGCAAUUCAUGUAUUUUGAAAUUCAUGAAGUCAGGAUCAAGCUGCCCGGUUUGUAAAGUUCCUUUUCGGCGGAGAGAGGUUCGCCCUGCUCCUCACAUGGAUAACUUGGUAAACAUUUGUAAAAGCAUGGAAGUUGCUUCAGGGAUCAGCAUAUUCACCACCCAGACUGCACCUUCAACCAAAAUAUCAGAUGGGCAGGACCAAGGUGAAGACAAAAACGAUUUAGGUAAUCCAGAGAUUGGUGGAACUUCCUCUAGAAAAUCCAAGAAGCAGAGAAAGUUCAAAAGAAAAAGUACAGAGCAAGUGAAAACCAAUUCCAAGAAUUCUGGCCCUCUCCUGUUGAAACGUUCCUUUCCAGCGAAGAAAAGGGUACAAGUGCCACAGUAUCCUCUGUCUGAGGCCCCAACUAGGCCUGAGAAGUUUGUUGCUGGAUUGGGUGAAUCUGUUGAAAAAGAGCCAAUGGACAGUUCAGUACAACAAAAUAAGAAACCGAUUUUUACUGAAAUGGGAGAGCCCAAGCUCUCUCCUUUCUUCUGGCUAAAGGAAUAUGAUGAUAGGGAGGAUGAGUUUUGCAGUCAGCACACUGAAGGUGAUAUUGUCACGGAUACGCCUGUGAAGGGUCCUUCGUUUAGUGAUCUAAAGGAUUCAGAUGAUGAGACUCCCACUAAAAUGACAGUCAAUGGUGAAGUGCAGAAGGAAUCCAAAGUUGUACAUGCUUUUGACAGUGAGAUGUUCGAAUGGACUCAAAGGGCUUGCUCUCCUGAACUUUGUUCAACACCAGGCGUAAAUGUGCCACCAGGAACUCGGGAAAUAAAUAAAGAUGAACCAAGUGUCAUUCAAGAGGAAAGGGAUGAAAUUCCACAGAUUUGCACUGCAUCUACUCAUGAAGGGGUCAUUUCAGAAAAUUUGAGAAUCAUUAAUGCCAAGCAUGGAACUGAAAACAAAAACGUGGAUUUGCCUAUUUCUGUACCCACAACAAACAAAAGUCCCAUGGCCCAAAAUCCAAAAAGGAAAUCUACUAAGACAGCUGUGAGAACCAUUGGAAGAUCCCAAAGCAAGCGUGUUAAACUAUCAUUAGAUGGUGUUCUUGGAGAAGUGCCUAUCAAUUCAAACGAAAUAGAGAAUGAAGGGAGCAAGCGUAACAGUAAAGGUAAUUCUCUAAAUUUGGUGGGGAAAACCAGUAAGAGGGCUAAAAAGACUAGUUCUACCUCUACUGUUUCAGAGAAAACACCAGAUGUUCCAACCAAAUUAAUUGAAGCAAAAAUUAUGAGUCAAGGGGCUGACAAUUUGAGUGCAGACUUAGCUGUUCCAUCAAAUGAUGAAAAUGUAACUUUGAGGUGUAAACCCAGAAAAGGCAGUGAUAUCAUCAAUGCUCAUCAUGAAAAGAAGCCUCCUAAAACAUCAAAUAGCCAGAGAGUUGGUGAUGCAAUAACCAUGCUGCUUAAUGAAGUUCCUAUGAAUCAAAACCAAGGAUUUGAGAACAUGAAUACCCGAGUACCUAUCUCAUCUUUUCUGAAAGACAAAACUAGUGAGACCCCUAAUUUGGGUGAGAAAACUGACACAGUGCCUAAAAUAAUAAAGACCAAAGUUCAAAGAGAAAAGAGAGGGAAGGAGAGGUUGAAUAACUCUGCUGAUGCUAUGUAUGGCUGGGACGAGAAAACUGACACAGUGACUCAGAAGGUAGAGAUCCAAGAUCAAACGGCAAAGGGAGGAAAGCAGAGGUUGAAAAAUCCUAUUGAUGUUAUGUCAAAGGAUGGAUCGGUUGAUGAAGCUUUUGAUAAUUCUAACAAGGAUGCUGCAAAGGAGACUGAGAGCAUUAAAAACCUUAAAGAAACUCCUGAGCUUAAAGCUAACAGAAGAUCAGAUACAGAUAAGAAGAUUCUUGCAGUUGCUAAUGGAAGGUUUCUGCGUAAAUGUGAGACUCUUCCUAAUAAAAUUCAGUGUGGUUUCUGUCAGUCUUUUGAGGACUCAAAGGCUUCAGGAGAGAUGAUGCACUAUUUUAGAGGCAAGCCAGUUGCUUCGGAUUAUGAUGGGGGAUCAAAUGUAAUGCAUUCACACAAGAACUGUACUGAAUGGGCACCUAAUGUGUAUUUUGAAGAUGAUACUGCUGUCAAUCUUGAAACUGAAUUAGCGAGAAGUAGAAGGAUUAAGUGCAGUUAUUGUGGAAUCAAAGGGGCAGCUCUUGGGUGUUAUGAGAAAAGCUGCCGCAAGAGCUUCCACGUUCCUUGUGCCAAGUUAGUUCCACAAUGUCGAUGGGAUGCUGAGAACUUUGUGAUUCUUUGCCCUUAUCAUGCUUCUUCUAAAUUGCCUUUUGAAAUUUCUGGACAUCAACAGAAAAGACGAAAGAGAUCAAUACCAAAAGGGGAAUCACAUGCCCAAAAAACACAAGUACUGGUUGAAGAUUGUUUGACUGUCUACCAGCAAUGGAGAUAUCCUCGAUCUUCUAUCAAGUGGGUUCUUUGUUGCUCAGCUCUCACAGUAGCAGAGAAGGAUACUGUCUCUGAGUUUGCAAAAUUGGCCGGUCUUUCCGUGUCUAAGACAUGGUGUUCAAGUGUCACCCACAUCAUUGCAUCUACCGAUGAGAAUGGAGCUUGCAAGAGAACUUUAAAAUUUUUGAUGGGUGUUUUGAAGGGAAAAUGGAUAUUGAAGAUCGACUGGAUUAAGGCUUGCAUGGAUGCCAUGGAACCUGUUGACGAGGUCCAAUACGAAAUCAAUAAGGACAUACAUGGAAUCAGGAAUGGUCCUCAGUUAGGCAGGCUACGGGUCCUUAACAAGCAACCAAAGCUUUUCAAUGGGUUCACAUUCUAUUUCAUGGGAGAAUUUGUGCCUUCAUACAAAGGAUAUCUGCAAGAUCUAGUUGUUGCAGCUGGCGGAACAGUUCUACAGAGGAAACCCAUUUCAAGAGAUCAGGGAGGACAAUUAUCUGAGUCCUCUAAAUCAACUACUUUAGUGAUUUACAGCCUUGAGCUAGCAGAUAAAUGUGAUCCUAUAAACAAGACUGAGAUCUGGAAUCGUAGAAGGGGUGAUGCAGAGGCUUUGGCCAAUUCAACUGGAGCCAAAGUGGCCACCAACUCAUGGGUCUUGGACUCCAUUGCUGCCUGUAAGUUGCAGAACCUUCCAUGAUAGCUGAUUUAAGCUCUUCAAACUAAUCUGUAUUAUAAAGGAAUAUCAUGUAAAAAUAUUGUUAUGAUCCUCAAGAACUUUCUUUUAAA